CGGUAAAAUCGCAUUUUAGCUGUCAAAAUCGUAGCUGUCACCUGGUUAUUAUCAUUAACGUUUCGGUGCUACUUUUAUUAUUCUUAUCUUUUGAUAUACACGUAUUUACUUAAGAAUCCCAUGGUAAUUACCCCGAAUUUUAUUGUAUCGUAAAAAUGGUUUUAUCAGUGUAUUUUUUUUAUUGAGGUUAAGAAAUCAAGAUUUUGAGGGAAACUUUAUACAUUAUUUUUAAAGAUAAAAUUAAACGAUGGGCAACUCAGGAUUAUCUCAACAUAUUGAAACGGCGAAGAAAACGGGAGUUUUACGAGUUUCCGGCAGCCUAAAUGAUUUUCCACCCGGAUUUCUCCAACUUGAAGGGUCUUUGAGAACAUUGGAUCUUUCGGAUAACAAAUUUGUUACUCUCCCGAACGAUAUUAGCCGCUUCAUGCAACUAAAACAUCUCAAUUUGAAUAAAAAUAAGCUCACGAAAAUCCCUGAUUGUAUUGGAGCACUAACUAAGUUGGAAACUUUCAACAUCUGUCACAAUAAUUUAACCAGUUUACCACGAACAAUUACGAAUUUAAUUAAUUUAAAACAAGUUUUUUUAAGUGAUAAUCAUAUCAAAGAUUUCCCCACGGUUUUCUGCGGGUUAAAACAUUUGGAUGUGUUGGAUCUGUCUCGUAAUGAGAUACGAUGUGUUCCGUCGGAGAUUAACGGUUUGAACGUUUCCGAAUUAAAUUUGAAUCAAAAUCAAAUCUCGGAUUUGAGUUAUCAAAUUGUUUAUUGUCCGAGAUUAAAAACAUUGAGGUUGGAAGAGAAUUGUUUGCAAAUUAACGCGAUUAGCCCCAGGUUGUUGAAAGAAUCGAAAAUUUCUAAUUUGAGUUUGGAAGGGAAUUUAUUUGAAAUGAAGCAAUUGAUGAAUAUCGAUGGUUAUGAAGCUUACAUGGAAAGGUAUACCGCUGUUAAAAAAAAAUUAUUUUAAAGAAAGAUUUUUUUAAAAAAGCCUUGUUAUUAAGUUUUUUUUUGUUGUUAUUAAGAUUAUUUAUUUUUGUUAGAUCUUAUUUAGAGUUUCCUUUUAAUAUAUUAUGAAAUGAGGACAAUAAAUUGUUUUUAAUUGUUCAAAAUUUAUUCGAUUUCAACUUUCAAGGCUGAAACACGACGAGAAAUUGACGUUAACUGUUUAUUUUUUUAUUAAAUUCAAUUUAUAAGAUACGAUUCAAUUAUUUAUAAUGCUAAAGCACACUUAAAUAAUAAUCAUUUUUACUAUAUAAUAAGCCAAAUACAUUCCUAUCUUUCCAUAUCGAAAAAUUAAAUGAAAAACAUUGAUCAAUUAUUAUAAAACCUUGUAAUUUAAAAAAAUCUUUAACCAAAGACUAUCUUUAUAUACAGCUUAUUAAAAUAUAAAUAUGUAUAUAAGAAAUUGAUCAUUUUUAAUCUAUAAAUGUCUAUUAUCGUGUUGUAAUUAAUUAAAAUCGAGUGGUUUAAACCAUUUUCUUGGUCAAUUCGUAUACAAAAAUCUAUAUCUCAACAUAUUUUUUAAUUUUAAGAUGAAGUCUGUUGAGGAAAGAUUACAAUUUGUUUUUUCAUCUACUUUACUUACACAUAUCUUCGUUAUUUUUAGAGAUAUCGGAAUAUUACAUACACCACUAGAAAAUCAGAUCUUUUUUUUACCCCUCACAUCCCUUGCAAUGAAUGUUUUUCCAUCUUUUUGAACAUUUGAACCAUUUCUUCAGACAAUAUGUGAUUUGGUUAGGAAACCUACACGAAAAUAAACAUCCAUAAACUAAAGCAGGAGAAAGAAAGAUUAAAAUAUCAAGAAAAUACAAACAACGAAUUUCAAAAACUAGAACAAACGGAGAAUAACACUGGAGGAAAGGUGGAGAAUUUUUAAAAGGAUAAUGCGAAAUAAAGCUAUGGAGGUGUGUGGAAUGAGAAAAUAUAAUAAGCAUACAAAGAGAACACAUUGGUGAAAUGAAGAGCUUCGACAGGUAAUCAAAAAGAAGAAAGGGUCAUGGAAGAAAUACAUAAGAACGAAUUCGAACGAGAGGAUAGAGCAAACUAUAGAAAGAACAGAGAUGUAGCUAAGAAUAUGAUAAAGAAGGGCAAAAAGAAAAGUUGGGGAGAGUUUGGUACAAACUUAAGUGAAACAUAUGGAUCGAAUGCCAGAUAAUUCUGGAAUCAAAUAAGAAAACUGAAGAGAGAUCAAACGAAAAACGAGAAAAAGACAAUUACAAGGGAAAUUCUGGACAUAUAGGCGGAUUUUUAUGCAGAUAAGUCCAAGGAUAGAAAACGGACACAAACAAUGGAGGUGAAAAGAGAAGAUGAUAUAAUGGAAGACACAACAGCUGAAGAGAUAACAAUGCAAGAAUCAGGAGAGGCAAUGUUGAAGAUGAAAACAGACAAGGCUUGUGACAAAGACAAGAUAGAUCAGGAGAUGAUAAAAUAUUUGGGAAUAAAAGCAAAGGAGUGGCUUCUAAGUAUAUACAGGUUUCCCAAAAGUAACGGAUAAAUUCCAUAAAUCCAUUAAAAACAAUUUAUGGAAAAAUCGCUGAGACGUGUCUAAAGAUUUAAAUUUUUUUCUUCAUUUUUAAUCGAAUUAUGACGUCAUAGAUGUUUUUUUUUUCAAAUACAAUAUGCAAUUUUUUAUUACGGAAUUCGAAAGAGGACUGUUUUCUGAAUUUAGUACAGUCAAAAUUAAUAUUAGUUACAUAAGAAAAUUUUCGAGAAAAAUUGCUUUAAAGUUUCAUUAUCUCCCAUUCACUUGAGAUAGAAAAAUAGCAGUAGCCAUGCGUAACCAUAGCAACCAAUUGUUGGCUUCCAAUUUUCCAAGUGAAAGCAACUGAAAGAAUCGAAAUUCUAAUGAUGAUAGGUUUCGGAGAUAGACAAACUCAUCCAAAUCGCACACCAAAAUCACAAUCAACUAUAAGCCGAAUUGAGACUAAAUUUCGCGAACUUGGACAUGUAGGUACGAGACGGACGUCCAUCGAUCUACGAGACUAAGGACGGACGUCCAUCGUCCUUAAAUGAAAAUCAGCAAUUGGGUGCUGUGCUAAAAGUACAGGAAAGUCCACAUUCAACGAUCAUGAAUGUUGCUACUAAUUUGAAUUCAUCCAAAAACUCAGUGUGAAGAUUAUUCGAAAAAGAAAAAUAUCACCCCUAUAAAAUGCACUUGGUGCAGGAACUUUGCGAGUGCGAUUUUGAGAGAGAAUAGCGGAAUUAACCAAUGGAAAUCCUGCGUUUGUUAAAAAUAUUCUCUUGUCUGAUGAAGCAACGUUUUGCUUAAAUAGUACAGUCAAUAAGCAAAACUGGCAUUAUUGGGCAUUUGAAAAUCCCCGUUGAAAGGUCGAAGCGAAAACCCAAUAUCCUCAAAAGGUCAACGUGUGGGCGGGAAUAGUUGAUAAUCAAAUUAUUGGAACGCUAAAUGGUGAACGGUAUUUCGACUUUCUUCAGUUAGAAGUAAUUCCGACUUUAGCGGCAAUAUUUCCUAAUGCUGAAAAUCCUUAUUUACCCCACCCAAGAAUUUGGUUCCAGCAAGAUGGUGCGCCUCCCCGUUAUGCGCGAUUGGUACGAGAGCUCCUCAACUAAACAUUUAGUAAUCGGUGGAUUGGCAGAGGCGGACAUGUUGAAUGGCCGGCAAAAUCUCCGGACUUAACUCUUUUAGAUUAUUUCCUUUGGGGCUAUUAAAAAGCUAAAGUUUAUUUCAAUAGACCUGAUAACCUUGAGGAUCUCAAGGAGGAAAUUCGAUUAAUAACCCCGGAAAUGAUAAUUUUAUGAUUGGUAGCAAGCUACUCGAACUGUGAAAAUUGCAGAGCCAUAUGGCUAUAAUCUACAAGUUACAAAUUAUACACAAAGAUAAUAGAAACAAGGUUAAGAAGGGUAAUGGAAAAUAAAUUAGAAGAUGAACAAGCAGCAUACAGAGCAAGUAAACAAACGAACGAUAACAUACAUGUAAUCCGAAAUAUCACUGAAAAGAAAAUAGAGACGGGGAAUGAACUAUACCUAAUAUUCUUGAACCUAAGUAAGCAGCUUUUGACAUGGUGAACCGUAGUAUUAUAUGGAAGUGUCUAGAACAACUAAUGGUACCACAAAAACUAACAAAAAUAAAUGAAAACCUGUACAAGAAAGUCAAGGGCAUAGUACAAAUGAAGGGAGAAACAUCAAACACUUUUGAAAUCAGCAAGGGAAUAAAAGAAGGCGAUAGUCUAACCCCUUGUUAUUUGUAAUAUUAAUGAACAGAGUGAUAACAAAUACAAGAACAAAUAAAUAUCAAACAGUAAUAAGUUAUAAAAGUUUGGAACCAGUAAAAUAGAUAAUUUAAAAGGCAAGGAAAAUAUGAACAGAAAUAUGACUGAAAUAUGGACAGAAGGAAUUGAAAAGAUGGGUCUAGAAUUGAACGUAAAUAAAUGUAAAAUCGUGAUAAUAAAUAAAAAGGAAAUAAGAAAUAACCCGAAAGAAAUAUUUAUUAAGGAACAAAAGAUAGAAGAAGUAUCAUCAUAUGAGUACUUGGGCAGUAUAUCACAGGAUGUAAGGAUAGAUUUAGACAUAUAUGCAAGAAUAAGCAAAACAAACAACGUAUAAUACACUCUAUACAGAACAAUUUUUGGGAAGAAGGAGAUAGAUAAGAUAAAGUUAAAACUUGGUGACAGUCCCAAUAUUAACAUAUGCCAGUGAAUCAUGGACACUCCAAUAUAAACAAGAAGGAAAGAUCUCAACAACGGAAAUUAAAUUUUCGAAAAAUAGUGGUGAAGGCGAAGUAGGAUAAGCAAAAUAGAAAGAAAGCAACUAAACUGGUACGCUCACAUAAUUAGGAUGGAACAUAACACAAUAGUAAAAAAGGUAUUUGAAGCAAAGAAUAAGGAUAAGAAGAAGUGGGAGGAAUGAAUAGCAGAAGUUGGGAAGAAGAGAGGGAAGACUCUAGCAGAUAUAAAGGAAUUAGCCAGAAACCGAAGAAGAAGGAGAGGUUAGGAAACUCUCUCCCUCGUUAGUGCAUAUUAUAUAGUGUGAAUAUUAGCGCUUUUUCUUACUUCACUGCCAAUUUUAUUUUUAACAAUUCGGAUUUGGCAUCCUGUAUGUAAGUUUGCUGGGUAUUCCCAUCAGUUCCAUUCCCCCCUCAACUUUAUUCCUAUUAAUGCUGCGAAAACCUUCUUAAAAUAAAUGAAUAGACUACACUCAAAGCAUUUCUCUAAAGUUUGCUUUUUUUCUAUUUGGUCUAUUUGGUAUUUCUUCCUCCUUGUUGUUUUUCAUCCUUGCUAUAGCUUGCCACACUUUCUUCCACCGUUGGGACUUAUCAUAACUUCCGUCUCCCUUUCAUUUACUACUUCUUCUCCUUUUACACACGUGCCAGAAUGGCUUAAUGUCCUCCAGAAAAAACUCAAUCUUCGGAAUCGACCCAGGAAAAGAACUGUCAGAACUAACUAUUUCUAUUUGGCGAGUAUUUGCAGCUUUUUUUAUUGCCACUUUUCGCAUCCAAACCGCCAGCGAUCCUUAUCAUUCCAAUCAUCUUCAUCCUGUCCUCUCCUCUUCAUCUCCACAUUGAUAUGCUGGAUUCAUUUUUUUCUAGGCCUACCUUUUUUGUUUCUUUCUGCUGGCACUCAGUUCCUAAUUGCAGCAGAAGAACUGAACACGAAUUGGAACAAAUAAUGAACUUACAAGAGUUCUUACCUAUCCAUCAAUCACACAAAAUGUGAAUUGCACUUAUUUAGGAGUGGAAGUAUUAAGUACCAAAUAAAACUGCAAGAAUAUCAGGUUAGUUAAGAGGAUUCUUAUUUGGAAAAAAAAAGACAUGCCAAAAGAAGGAAAUGUUCGAUUCUACAAGACCGGUUCUAAUAUACGCGGCGAAAACUGGGACAGAGACUUCCGAAAGAAAGAGUAUGAUUAGAAAUGUAGAAAUGAGAACAUUGCUAUUAAUUAGAGGUGUAACGUUACUUGACCAAAUUAGGAGUGUUAUAACGUGAGGAAAAGAAGAUAUCCAGGAUGUUAUUAGAUUUGCGAAGAGAUUUCCUAGCAGACCACCUAAGAGAUGGCAUAGUAUCAUCUCAAAAGACUUAAUAAUUUAUAACAGAACACAAGACUUUUCUUAAUUUCUAUUUCUAUUUAGCGAGUAUUUGAAGCUUUUUUAUUGCCGCUUCUCGCAUCCCAACCGCCCGCGAUCUUUAUCAUUCCAAUUAUCUUCACCCAGUCUUCUCCUCUUCAUCUCCAUAUUGAUAUGCUGGAUCCAUUUUUUUCUAGGCCUACCUUUUUUGUUUCUUUCUACUGGCACCCAGUUCCAAACUUUAAGUGGGAUUCUCUCUUUACUCUUUCGACGUAGAUGUCCAUACCAUUUUAGUUGCUUUUCAUUUAUAGUGUCUAUUAUUGUGUUUUGUGCCAACUUUCCUUAUUACACCUUUAUUGUCCUUUUCGUCUUCGUUUAUAACUACCCCAAGGUAUUCGUAGUGGUGUACAUGUUUUAUUAUGCCGGUCUCCAAUUGUAUGUCCUUUCCCGUUCCUCCAAUUACCAUAUUAUUCUUCUUCUGGUUUAUUUAAUAUAUACCUCAUAUCCUCUUCGCCCACUGCAAAAACUAUUUGGUCGUCCAACAGCAUGGUGUGUAUGUGGCUGUCUCCUAUCCAUAUUCCCAUCGGGUUGCAUUUCCUUUUCUAAUGUUUUAGAGUUGAGUGGAUAUAGAUCUUGACAGAUCCCUGACACCUUUUGUAGGAGAGAAAGUUUUCAGAGACCAGUUGUGAGUUUUCUGAAGCGGGGCCAUAUCGAAUGCUUUUCUCAGAUCUAUAUAUGCAAUAUGUAUUUCUCUUCCUUUUGACAGCUUCUUUUCAACUAGGUGUCUAAGCGUGGAUAAAUUAUCUACGCAAAAUCUUCCAGGUCUGAAACCACUUUGUUCCUAUUUUUUUCCUAAAUUUUUUAUUUCCCUUUCUAUCCUAGUUUUCAGAACUCUUCUAUAUAACUUUUCAAAUGAUGAUAUUAUACCUUACUUAGUUUACAUCAUCUUAGUUUACCACUUGAGUCCAAAGAAAGAAUGAUCUCAUACUGACUAUUAUUAUGCUUAUUAAGUAUUGGUUUUCCUUUCCUGUUUUAACAUUUUGAAUGAUCUAACGAAGAUAUGUAUAAGUAAAAUAGGUGGAAAAAAUGGGAUAAAAGUUUGUUAUUGCAAAUUGGGAAAAAAAGAGUUGUAAUCCAAAUAAUUUUUGGGAACGCUGGACAAUCAAAAAAAAGAAACUCACAUUACAAAUAAAUUAUAUUGAUAAGUCGGUGUAUUUUAGCAGAUUAGUCGCAGUAACAAAAACUGUCCAUUUAUACUAAAAUGGAGUGCCUAUUCUAUAUUUCUAAACGUGCUACAACUUUCGUACAGAUUUUACAAAAAAAUACAAUUAAAUUAACGUUUUCUUAGUUCUGUAAUCGCCGUAAGUGUACUUCUAUACAAAAUAUACAGUGGAUACAAUUUAAUUUGACAGUUAUCAGUGGUAGCUAUCUCGUCAAAAUGUACGGACUGUAUAUUAAAAUAUAUAUGUGUAAUUUGUGUACAUCCUCUUUCCGCACUUUUAUUUUAAACACUUUAAAAGAAUGAAAUCUUGUAAUAAUAAAUUAUAAUGUACUUCAAAUAGA